AAACCUACAAGGCACAGAGCCUUCUUCCCCGCGGCGAACCCAUGGCCGCUUAUCUAAUAAGCGCAUCAAUACGCCAUAUGGCAACUCGCAGUGAAGCCAGAGCUCGUCUCUGCCCACGUCGACACCACACAUGAAGCUCGAGGGGUCUCUGCGUGGCCCGCGUCCUUUCCAACUAGGCCGUCGCGGGCUCGUCGCUCUCGUCUCCCUCGCCCUACUAAGCACACACCUUGCCUUCGCGCCAUUCGCUUCCGUCUCACAAACGUCGAAAACGCACGCGAUCCCGUCCGAAUGCGUCCGCCUCCACGAGCCGAUCCCACUCAAACCGUCGUCUGAAUACCUCGAGAAGCGUGUCGCGACGGGCAGCGACCGCUUUGUCCCGGGCACACCACCGACCCUCAUCAAGAACGCGAAGAUCAUCACAGGCGCGCGAAAUGGCACGGAGGUGGUAUACGGCGACGUUUUACUUGACAAGGGUCUGGUAGUGGCGGUCGGGUACAUCCCAGACCACUUUGUGCUGCCGCCGGACGUGGUCGUCGUCGAUGCGGAGGGGAAAUGGAUCACCCCGGGGUUGGUCGACGCGCAUUCGCACUUGGGUGUAGGCUCGGCACCCGAACUGUCCGGCGCGUCUGAUACCAAUUCUGUUGCCGCACCUGUGCUGCCGUGGCUCCGCAGCGUUGACGGGCUCAACACGCACGACGACGCGUACAAACUCGCUGUCGCAGGCGGUGUGACGACCGUGCAGAUUCUUCCGGGCAGCGCGAACAAUAUCGGCGGACAGGCGUUCCUGAUCAAGCUUCGUCCCACGAAGGAACGCUCGACUUCGAGCAUGCUUCUCGAGCCUCCGCCAUCGCUGUUCCUCAAUGGGACAGAAGAGCCGCGUGAGACGUGGCGUCACAUGAAACAUGCGUGCGGUGAGAACCCGUCUCGGGUGCAUUCGCAGACCCGGAUGGACUCGGCGUGGGAGUUCCGUCACGCUUACGAGGAGGCGCGCAAAGUCCGCGACGCGCAGGACGCGUUCUGCGCCAAAGCGGAGCGCGGCGAGUGGGACGGGCGUGCGCAGUUCCCCCAGAGUUUGAAGUGGGAGGCGCUGGUGGAUGUGCUGAGGGGCAAAGUCAAGCUAUCGGUCCAUUGCUACGAGGCUGUGGACUUGGACGCCCUUGUUAGGCUCACGAAUGAAUUCAAGUUCCCGGUUUCGUCUAUCCACCAUGCCGGUGAGACGUACCUCGUCCCGGACCUGAUCAAGCGGGCUUGGGGCAACAUUCCUUCCAUCGCCCUCUUCGCGUCUAACUUCCGGAAAAAGCGCGAAGCGUACCGUGGGUCCGAGUUUGCGACGAGGAUUCUGGCCGAUAAUGGGCUGCGUGUGAUCUUGAAAUCGGACCAUCCGGUGCUGAACUCACGAUACCUGAUGUACGAGGCUCAGCAGGCGCACUAUCACAGCCUGAACCCGGGACUGGCGCUCGCGUCUGUGACAGCCGAGCCGGCGAGAGUUUUGGGCGUGGACUGGCGGGUGGGGUCUAUCAUCGAAGGGUACGAUGCCGACCUGGUCAUUUGGGACUCUCACCCCCUGGCUCUCGGUGCGACGCCGAUGCAAGUUUACAUCGACGGAAUCGCACAGCUGCCCGAACUGCCGGCACCGGUCCCGAAACCGGAUGCAUUCCAGCACGUGCCGGAGACACCUUCCUGGGAGAAGGAGAUUGCGGAGACCAUCGAGUACGAGGGCCUGCCUCCGCUGGAGGGCAGAGGAUUCACUGGCACGGUCGCGUUCGUGCAUGUACGGAACGUGUGGAUGCGGAACGGCGCGAUGGGUCUGCGGUCAUUGGUCGACGACUCGAGCGAGGGGAACCUGACUGUGGUCGUCCACGGUGGCCGGAUUGCUUGUGCUGGGUCGACUGCGGAUGGCGGCUGCGCCUCGUUCAUGUCAGGUCCCAUCGAGACCGUCGACUUGCAGGGCGGGUCGCUCGCUCCAGGUCUCACGACGUUCGGGUCGCGACUGGGGCUGAGCGAGAUUCUGCAAGAGCCGUCGACGAAUGAUGGAAACGUCUUUGACCCGCUGACGGGUUCUGUGCCGAGCAUCCUGGGACACACGGUCAUCCGUGCGGUGGAUGGGCUGCAGUUCGCCGGUCGCAACACAUUAUACGCGUUCCGAUACGGUGUGACGACCGCUGUGGUGGCUCCGCAGGGCUACGGCUUCUUGCAGGGGCUGGGGGUCGCAUUCGAUACGGGCUCGCCGCAUGCUCUGGCGCCGGGAGCUAUCGUCCAGAGCGAGACUGCGUUGCACAUCUCGAUGCGCUCGGGGAUGGGUGCGUCUGUGAGCACACAGGUCGCCACGCUGCGCCGUAUGCUGUCCGCCGGGGAGGGGCCGUGGAUCCGUGUGCGCGAGGGCGAGAUUCCACUGGUGAUCAAAGUGGACAGCGCGGAUAUCAUGGCCACUGUCCUUGCGCUGAAGGCCAAGCAUGAUGCGAAGACGGGGAACACUCUCCAGCUGACGUUCGUCGACGCUGCCGAGGCCCAUCUGCUUGCCGAGGAGAUAGGGAAGGCAAACGUCAGCGUGAUCCUGUCCCCGGCGAGGCCGUACCCUGAGUCAUGGAACGCGCGGAGAAUACUCCCCGGGCCACCCCUGUCGGCCGAGACGGCAGUCGUGAAGUUGUUGAGACACGGUGUGAACGUUGGGCUGGGCGUGCCGACAGAUUACGACGCGAAGAACUCUCGCUUCGAGAUGGCCUGGGCCGCGCUCGACUCGAACGGCACCAUCGGCUAUGCCGCUGCGCAUGCCCUGUUUUCCACGAACCUUGAGCGCGCGCUCGGAAUCUCCGACUCGCAUGGCGCGGACCUGGUUGUUCUGCAAGCUGGCGGGCUGAUGGAUCUCGAGAGCAAGAUCGUAGGGGUGGUCUCUGAGCGAAAGGGUCAUGUGCGGCUGUUUUAAUGAGCCUGGGCGAAAUCGAAAGACGAUGUAUACACUUCUCAUUAAUGCCAGUGCUGUUGUGUCUUGACCACGACCACUUCUUGGAGCUAUGCGGCAAGCAGAGAGCAUCACAUCUCAGCGUCUCUCGCCAGGGCCAGAAGCCUGCCAGCAAUGAGCCUGGGGCAACUUCUCCGGCGGGGUUGAUCCUCCGCUGGCACACAUCUAUUCUGCGAACUCGUCAGAGCCCAACGCAGCCUAUAAUUUCUUUUCGACGCAGCCGACUCGGGCCAAUGGUAUUUUGACCAUCGAAAUAUGUGCGUCAUGAUUUCUCUGAUUUAUCAACGAGCUUUCGGGUGCUCGCCAUUUUAAGAAGAUAUAUAUAUAUACGUAUUGCGCAGCUCGCGGCAAGCACGUCAUCCCAUGCUCUCGCACGAUCCUUGUCGGAACCGCUUCCACAUAAGGAAGUCGUGCACACAUGUCCUUACGCAAGUAAGAACUGGUGGGGGCUAGGCGGUUGUGUGUGUCCCCAUUUGGGCAGCAUUCUUACUGCGCUCUCCUUCGCGGUCUGGUGACAUGCAUAUGCAGCGCAACGCGACUGCAAUCACUCGCAUUAUAUUAGGCGACUGCAGCCGGACACACACACACGGAAUCCUCGGCCACGGAGAUCGGAGAACUGGAGAAUCCCUCUCACACACUCUCUCUACCUCUCUCUCAGAUACAUACGCCCCAGUUCUUGGGCGAGAUAAUGCCUGGUCUCAGGCUCGGAUGCAAUCUUGGCACGGCUAGACACACAAAGAUCUGUCGACGCCAUCGAUGUUUGGUGGCAGAGGUCGGGUUAGGUAAGGGAAGCCUAGUGGUUCGAGAUACAGGCGUCGGCUGGGACAGCAAACUGCAUGCGGGACACGGCCACUUCCGGUCCCCAUCAAAUAAAUAUCACAGUUUCUCCGAACAUCGCUGUGGCAUAUUGUUUCAGACUGGCUGUUCUCCCCCAUGGCUUGACUUCUGGGACUUGAUCUCUGCACUGCCCCUUCAAAGAAAUCUGGACUGGAUCAAGCUGCUCGAAUCGUUCCACCAUUAUUUCUUGUGCACUCGAUGGCCUUGCCCAAGGGGGAUAUCCUGCUGUUUCAUUAUCUCACCGAUCACUUUCAUCGUCAAAAGCCGAUCACAGUUGUCUGCACGACCGAAUCGGACCGAGCGGGUCCCUCAUCGCCAACUCGAUCGCAGAAGGGAAGUCAAAGACAGAAAAGCAAACGAAUUUGCAAGUUCCGACCAACUGUCGCUAGGAUU